UAUUUUGAAAUAGUGACAAAAAAUAAAUCAAUAAGCUCUGCUACAUGAAAACGGAGUGAAGUACUGCACCAAUGCAUCUUGUGGAUGAUUAUAAGGAACAGGCCUAGAUAGGAAACCUACAGUCUUCAAAUUGUGUUGGAUGACAGUCCCAAGCAGGUUCAGCCAAUCAUGGAGACAGAAUGAAGACAUUAGAAGCGACAAUCUAACAAUAAAUCGAGGGCCACCUUUUUGCAGUCUUGAUUGGCAUGGGAACCAUUGAAUCAGCUCUUCAACUUGGUUCAUCCUACAAGAUUUCCUUUUGAUGAUGGGAGUUAUAUAAGAAUAGUCACACCCUCAUUCUGAAUAACAUCUUACAAUAACUAGUUUGGAGAUUACAUAUGGUAAAGGACUGGAGAAAUUGGCAAACAAGCUUGCCAAAAUGCUGGCCAAAAUAAAAGUGAACUAUAUUCAUAGUACUUCGCUUUGUGUUUCGGAGGAGCUGAAAUCUGCAUCAGAUUUACACAGAAAGCUUGGCAAAGCCAUUCAGACAGAAGCAAUAAACCCAAUGAAUCGUAUCCUGCAGGACCAUGAGAAGAAGAAAAAAAUAGUAGAUAAUACAGUUGAGAAGACAGCUGAAGCAGUUAUCAACAACUGGCGCCAACAGUUAAAGACCAAGAAGAAAUUAAAAGAGCUAACCAAGGACCAUGAAGCACUUUUCCGUGAUACAGAAAGCUCCCACCCAUUGGCUUCCCCAAAGGCCAAAAAAAAGUUGCUCAGAAACCUAGAAAAAUCUGCUAUCAAACUGGCAAAGGAAGAUGAAGACUAUUACAAGAAGAACUUAGCUGCCUGUGAAACGCGUGUGAAAUGGGAGCAGACAUUAGAAAAUGGGCACCAGAGCAUCCUUGACCUUGAAAAAGAUAAACUCCUGCUUCUCUGCAAUACGUUACAUCGUUACAGCCAGCUUCUUUCUCAUUUUGGACAGAGCCUCAUUGCUUGCCAUGCAAAGGUUCACAGUGCUGUCACUGAGGCGGAACUUGACAAGGAUGUGCAGGUGUUAGUGAAUGAAAUGUCACUAACCGCUGCAGAGACCAAGCUCGAACUCUUGUUAACAGACUACUAUGAAGAAGAUAUGAUGAGCCUAAUUGAAAAAGAGAGGAGACAAACUGCCAUCAAAGCUAAAAUAACACGGGUACAGGCAGAUUUGGAAAAGGCCCUGCAGGACAAAACAGGCUUGGAACGGAUGCUUCAGGCUUACAAAGAAACCCCUCAGUUUUCAGAUGCAAAAAAUAUAAAUGAUACCAUUGCACAACUUAAUGAGGCAACUCUGAAAGCUGCCCUUCUACAAGCAAAUCAUUUCAAAUUGGGGAGCGCACUAGCUGAAAUUGAAAAGAAGCCUAAACCGUCUCAUCUCUUGAAUAACUGCAUUUCAAAAUGGAAAGAAAAGGACUGUCUACAUAGUUCUGUGACAAUCACUUGCCCGGUUACAAAGAGAAGCAUUAAACAGACCUUGAAAAUGAGGACCACCAGUGAAUCUGGGAUUAGGUCAAGCUGCCCGCCAGAAACAGGGACCGGUGUGAAUUCCACCACCUCCUUGCAACCGGAGAAUUCAGAAAACAGAACGUGCCGAGCUUUGUAUGACUACCACACAGAAAGAGAGGAUGAGCUUUGCUUAAGUAAAGGCGACGUAAUUGUGAUUCAUCGCAAAGACAAGAGUGGCUGGUGGUACGGUUCUAGAAAGGGGGAAAAGGGCAAUUUCCCUGCUACAUAUGUGGAAGAAGUGACUCUCUUGACUGACAAGAGUGACGAAGAACUGUCGCUUUAAAACAAAAGGAAAAAUAAUCACCCCAAUAUGGAUAACAAAUCCAACAGACACGUUUCUGUGUUCAGAAUGGAAGCCAAAGAACAAUUGUCUUUAUUUACAAGAAGCUCUGAAACUGAUAUUUGGUGAAUUAGCAUUGCAACAAAGCAAUUAAGAGACAACUUACAUGAAAUCCCUUUUAAAUGAUAUUAACUCUUAAAUCAUCACGUUAACCAGUCUUUGCAACAGAAUGAAAGGGAAACUGACAUUUAUUUCUGAAAUGCCAAGAGGAAGUCAAUUUACCAUAGACUAUUCAUGAACUGAAUUGACACAAUAUAAUCAAAUUUUACACCAUGGUUGUUGUUUUUUCCAGACUCAUAAGACUUUAGAAGGACAUGAAGAUAAUAGCAUCCCUAUUGCAAGGCUGAGCAAGCCAGAAACUUGUUCUGCUAGAAGAUAAAAAAAAAACUUCUAAUUUUCAAAUAUAUCCCCUUGAGGGGAUCCUAGGAUUGUUGUUUUCUUGCAUGAUGAGGUAAGACAAUCAUCCAACAGAUGACCGGUUACUAUUUCCUAAUUCUAUUAGGUUAUGGUUAGAUAUGUUACAUUUGAAUCCUAUUCUUCUUUCAAGAGUUAUGUGCAGCACAUCUGGUUUUCCACCCAGGCCUAUUUUAUUCUCAUAAUCACCAUCUAACCCAGGUUACAUAAAUAACUCAAAAUAAGAGUGAAGAUCUGGAUCUAAGUUUUCACGGUCAUUGUCCAAGAUUCUCAAGCCGUUACAAGACUUUUAUUCUUCCUAAGUAUGAAGUGACAAAAUGUGAAGGCGGAUUUAGAAACUAAGCAGUGCUUUAUUGGUAGGUCAAAGCAAUGAAGGCUUUUCUAACAUUGGCAAUAAAUGCAGAGAAAUUGUUGGUUUCUCUCACUUUCCGCUGCAGUUCUUCUAUGCAGUCCAAGGGAGGAGAACAAGAGAUCACUAGGAAAAAGCAGUGAAUUAUAUUCUUUAAAAAAAUUGAAAACAAGACAUCCUAACUUGGUAUAUAUCAGUAAUGGUGAACCUUUUAGAGACCAAGUGCCCCAAAACCACUCUGUCCAGCCCCCCACCCCGCCCCCCAUCCCACCCUACAUGCAAGGCACCCACCGCCUCCACGGCCUGCCACAGAUCGCCCAGGUGGCCCCGCAACGCCAUGGCAGCCACGCCCUCUGCCUGCGCCCCGCAGCAUCAUCUAUGCAUGACAGGGCACGAGGGCAGAGUCUUGUCCCCGCUUCCCAGCUGCCAUGUCCUUGGCUGCACUGCUCCGUAUGGGCCACGCCUGGGGGCGACACUCCUCCGGGUGGGCUGCUGGUGAGGAAGGGGCUGCGGGGGGAGCUGGGGCGAUGGCACGCGUGCCCACAGAGAAGGCUCUGAAUGCCACCUCUGGCAUGUGUGCCAUAGGUUCGCCACCACUGGUAUAUAUUAUAUUAUGACCUAUUUUGUCAUAAAAGUCAGAAAAUGACAUAGCAAAAAAAAUAUAUCCUGCAUUCACUUCUCGUAAUUUUCAAUUUCAACAUAAAACCAAGAAACACAUCUGUGGGCAGCUGGAUGCUAGCUUCAUAUUAUUGGCUAUCUCUUACGCUGUAAGUAAUUGCGAAGGGUUUAAAUUUUCUUGAUGGCUUUCACUGAAAUAGAUUACUCUAUUUUGAUUUGGUUUGCUAUAACUGUUUGGGAAUUUUUAAUAAAUGGGUCAAUACAUUCUAAGAAGA